AAAUUGUUAAGCCUAUUUUAUCACCAGAAGCUGAAAGAGAAUAUCUCGAAACAUUAGGAAUAUUAAAACCUAUUCCACAAUUUCAUCAAACGGAUAUUAUUAGUUCAGGAUGUGAAUUAUUAGAUGAUCAUUAUCAAGUUGAAAUAGAAAAAGAAAGAAAAAUAAAUCGAUCAACAAAUUAUCAGCAGGGACUGUUUGAAGAUAAAACAUUUGCAGAAAAUAAUAAUAAUAAAAAAGAUUAUAAAGAAGUUCCAUUCAAAAAUAAAGCAGUAGUAGUAAUUGCUAAAAAAAAUAUUCCAGGAAUUGUAGAUGAGCUUAUUUGGAAUAUUGAAAAUCGAAUAAAAAUACAUAUUCGUGAAGGCUCAGGUUGGUAUUAUGAAGAAUCAGAAGAAGUAAAUAUUGAAAUGCCAAUUUAUGUCCCUCUAUCAACCAGUUCACACAUUUCUUUACCCAAAGGAAUAUCAAAACAAAACAAUGAAAUUAUCAAUAUCCAAAAUGAGGAUGAUAGAUGUUUUGAAUGGUGUAUCUUUCAGAGUUACACCCAGUAA